AUGGGGAAACCCAAGAAGCUGAAAUCCUCCAUUAAAGCCCUCCAAGAGGUCCUCACCAGCAUCAGGCCAGCGGUGGGCGCCCCGCUAUGCAUGCAGCCGGCGAAGACCAAUUCCUUCAGAGACGUCCUCACCAGCUUUAACUCCAUCUACUAUGUACCUCCUACAGCCACCUCGUCCUCCGCUUCGUCCGAUCCCUACAGCAACCACAGCCAUCUCAAAUAUCCCCGGAACAUCUCCUCCGAAGGUGAGAUUAGGUCUGCCGAGAAAGCCUAUGGGGGAGAAGAGGAGGCCAUAUCCACCAGCACCGCCGCGACGAGCACGAGCACCUGCAGUAGUUGCCUCUCCUCCACUUCGUACGCCGUAGCCGACGCCUCUCCCGACCAUAUUCUAGCAGAAGAGGCCUUUCCUAACGUCAUUUUAAGUUCGGAGCGCUUCUUCUUCUCUCCCUUCACCUCCAAAUCCAUAAUGGGUGAAUCCUUCCUCGAGGUGGAUCACAAGGAGAUGGAGGCAGAAGAACCCUCUAGUCUCCGUCCAUUCCGAGAAUCGGAGGAAACAGAAACAGGGGACGCCGACGAAGUGGGCGACCAUACAUUCCAUAUUACGGUCGAUACAGAGAUUGGGGACGCGACGGUGAAAAGGAGCUCUGCGGACCUAUGCAAGGAGAGCAUCCCAAUGGCCAUGGCCUCCAGAGACCCAUACAGAGAUUUCCGAACCUCGAUGGAGGAGAUGGUGGUGGCACACGGUCUACAGGAUUGGUCGUCCCUGCAGGAGCUGCUGCACUGUUAUCUGCGGCUGAAUGAAAAGAAGACUCACAGGUUCAUAGUUCUUGCUUUCAUGGAUCUCCUCGCCCAUCGGUCCUCAGAGAGCGAGUCUAACUCACUCUCCUCGCCGAUGCUCUUUUCUCCUCCACCCCUUCCCACCCCUCAUCUCCACCAGUACCAAUCAAAGUAG